GUGUUUAUGUCUGCCGUAUCUCGGUUGUUUCAAAGGGAGAGACGUAUACUUAUCUGGUAAAAUUGGCGAUUUUUCGGUAGUGAGAAUACUUUGACAAAUUCUGCGUGAUUGUGUUAAAAUAGACUACACACAAAUGGAGACAAAGGAGAAUUGGACGAUGGCUGAACAGACGAGGCAUGAACUGAACGCCCAUCACGGUGGGCCUGAAUUCAUUGAAUGUGCUGAGGUAUCAGAGAUUCCUGAUGAAGGUGUUAUAGCUGUCAAUGUUGCGGGACAACCCAUUGCUUUGGCAAAAAGCGACGGCAAAAUUUUCGCAGUGGACAAUCGUUGCCCGCACAUGGGCUAUCCUCUUAACCGUGGGAGUGUCCACGAUGGCAUCCUAAUAUGCCCCAGUCCCUCGCUUAUGCUGCCGCAUGCCGCAUCGCGCAAUUCCACACGAAGAACGAAUUUGGGGAUUGGAUUGCGGUGCUGCACACCUACACCUACUGCAAUGCACUUCAUCAGUGCGCGAAGCGCGCGCCUU